CGGGUAGCGAAAGCGACCUCAUCGGAACGCUUUGGAACGAUCGGCAUAGCUGUCUUGUGUGUCUGUUUGUAUUUCCCAUAAAAACUUUAGCACAAAAUGUCUGAUGACGCUUCUCCCCCUCCGGCGAAACGUGGCCGAAAAUCAAAUGCCGAAAAAGCAGCAGCCGAAAAGAAUGACAAAGCAGUAGAAUCUAAGAAAAGGGCGAAAAAGGAAACAAAAGAAGUUGAAGAGGAUGGUGCAUCUGCAGUGAAAAGAGGCAGGGGCAGGCCAAAGGGCACCACAAAAAAGAAGGCAGUAGCAAAACCCAAACCUAAAGCAGCAGGACGUGGACGUGGCAGACCAAAGAAAAAGGAUGAGGAACCCAAAGACUCCGAAGAAGAAGAGGGUGAGGAAAAUGAGGAAGGAGAGGAAGAAGAUGAUUAAACUAGUUUAGUUUAAGGACAAAUGGAUUCACGUCAACCUUAGAGUCUCGGUUGUUAUUUACUUUGUAUAUUAUUUCGAGGUCAUGUUCAUUUCUAGAAUAAUCAUUCCACAUGUUUCGUGCCAUCACUUUGAAAUCAUCCUAUGUUUAUUUAAGUUUUAUAGGGUUGACUGUCCUACAAUAAAUUAGUUUGUAAGUUAUGUAAUUAAUAUCCUAGAUAUUUAUAUUGAAAUUAGUCUGAAUUUGUGUUUUCGUGUCUUGUAAGAUCAUCUGAUCACUGUCUAUCCAUGAAAUCUGGUUCAAUAAACUUCUAAAUUUUCA